AUGACUAAGCGCAUUUUACAAAAUAGACCGUUGUCUACGAAUGCGAAAAAAUUAAACGAAUACAAAUAUUCGCUUAUUACAGCUUACAAUAAUAGUUUACUACUAGUUAUUGGCAAUAGUUCGUCCAUACCAGUAAUCUCAAGGAAGUGCAGGCUCGAAGGCAAGGCACGUGAAGCAAUUCCAACCGAGGUUAGCUCAGUUCGACAGAUCAAAGAUGCGUUGAGAAACAGAAUAAAGCCAGACAACUCGAAAGUUGUAGCUGGGAAAAUUGCAUCUUUACAUGUCACAAAUAACCAUUAUACGGAAUUUGCUAAGCGUGUCGAGGAGCUCUCGGAUGCAUUAGAGCGUUCUUUGAUCAUUGAAGGUAUGACACAAUCUAAGGCCCAUGAAACGGCAGUCGAGCAAACAGUUAACGUUUGUAGACUUAAUACUCGGUCGGAUUUGGUCAAAUCAAUUUUAUCGUCAACUACCUUCAGUGAUUCAAAGGACGUAGUGGCAAAAAUGAUAGUCGAACAAAAUAAUCAAGUGAAAGAGCGUCAGGUGUACAAUAAUAACGGUAAUAACAGUAGGUACAACAAUUACGGUCCAAGGUAUAACGGUAAAAAUUUCAACAAUAAUAUUAAUCGGUCAUCAGGCAACAAUAAUCGAAAUAAUAACAGCAACAAUAAUAGUAGUAGACGUCUAAAUUCACGCAAUAAUGCUAAUGUGCGCGCUUUAAACGCCCACGCCCCUCAGGAGCGAACACUGAGGGCGGAAAAAUUGGACAAUUAG